AUGCCACGAAAACCAAAAGAAUCAGCCGCCAAAAAACCUCCCCCACAAAUUUUAAGGCCGAAUAUCAGUGAUUCUAGUCUUAAUUACAUUCCAGGCAAUGCGUUAGCAGGUUAUCAAGAGCGCAUAGAAAAAGGUAUUGAGUGGACUUUAGAAGAAGAAGCUGCUCGGUAUCACAGAGAAAAAUGUAGAAAGGAGAAUAUACCUGUACUGACAUUUACCGAAGCACUACGAAACAAAAUUCAGAAGAGUAUUUUACACGGAUUUCUUGAUGAAAACUCUACUUUCAGUUUGAAAGAACACUGGGAGGUUCUUCUUCCCAUGAUAAUUUGGGAUAUUGAGAAGAGUUUAAACGAAGAAGGAAAAAUAUGUUUUAACAAUAUUAACUGUAUAACUGAUGAUAUGAUUGGAUUAGUAAAACGUGCUGUGCAACAUGACGAUCGGGAAGUACUUAAAAAGGAAUUUAAAAUGGUGACCGUGUUGAGGGUGAACGACUCUGAGAUGACAGAACUUGAUGCUGGAUUGAAAAGUUACCAUAAACUGUCUACAUUGAAUCUAUGUGGCAACUUUAUUUCGGACGUAGAAGCAACCGUCCUUCCAGAUGGAUUAAAAAUGCUGGAACUAAAAGCUAAUCGCAUUAGCUAUGUAUCGUUCGCCGAACAUUUGCCUCGUAAUUUGAUUUAUUUGGGACUGAGCCGGAAUCUUCUGAAUAAGGAUUUUGCUUCAGACCUUGCUAAGCUGCCUUAUAAUAUUUCCGUUCUGGAUUUAUCUGACAACGACAUCUGUGAUCUUGAGGCGGUACUAACAGCUCUAUCUACGCUGCCAAGUUUAGUUGCUCUAUAUCUCGCGGGAAAUCCUUGCUCAGUAUCUACAGCAUACGCCCGCACAACGUUGAUGCGCCUGUCUCGUCUUCAAUGGCUGGACUCCAGGGAAGUUCUCCCCACAGACAGACACGGAGACACCUUCGAGCCACAUCCUGACGACUUGCGUUCAGUCUAUUUUAAUUUCAGCGUCAUACGAAUUAUGAGUGCUCUGCAACCGCCUAAAGCUGAAAAGGGUGCUGUCACCGCGUUUCACGUCGAAAUAGAACUGCCGCUUCUAGAUUCAAGUAGAAGGAGGUUCCUCAUGUUUCGUAACAAUGAAUCGUUGACAGAACUGUUGCCACUACCUGAAGACGAAGAUUGGCCAUCGCAAAAAGCUCCAUCCGUUGUUAACAGCAACGCGGUUUAUGAACGAGAUGCAGAAGCGUCAUCUCACGCUUCAGACAUCUACAAUCACUUGCAGCCGAAGAACUCCCGUGAAGUAAUUCACUUUACGAUAUUUGAAAGCAACAGAGUCCAGUGGAAUAAAGUAAUGAAUUUCCAAGAACCGACAGUUCGAAUAUUCUGUCCGAAUCUCACCGCUUUGAGGGACACUUUCCGCUCAGUUAUAACUGUUAGAUUUGUGUACACUAUGAUUAUAACCACUAAACAAAAGACCGGGAAGAGUGCACAGUCUCUCAGGCCUCCGGGAGAGCAAAGGCUGACUGUGGCCACCAUCAAGUGUGCACUCAAGAGGCCUGACUGGAGUCAACCAUUGCAGUAUUUCCAUUGGGACGACUCGCUGGGCACCGACGAGGCUAUUCACUGGGGAGACGGCGAUCUUUCUGUUUUGCAGUACACACAACAAGCAGUGAAAACGGCCAAAGGAAAAUUGGAUACAGACCCGGGAUCCGGAAGGCAGUCGAUACCGGAAAACUUGACAUGCCACUUUGGAUUUGGGAUAGAAACUUUAAAAUAA